AUUGUUAAUUUUGUCAUAUACUCGUUUUUUUUUCUAAACCUUUAUGCUGUUCUUUUUCUGCCUUUAUAAGUCAAUGGUUAACCCAUUGAUACUGAUUUUUCUUCUAUAGGAAUUGAUGAUUUUUGUAAAUACAAUUAACCCUUGAGCAACAUGGGUUUGAAAUGCACGCGUCCACUUAUAUGCAGAUUUUUUUCAGUACUAAAUACUACAAUACUACAGGAUCAGUGGUUGGUUGAAUCCUUGGAUACUGAAGGCUGACUAUGAGUUAUACUCGAAUUUUCCACUGCCGGAGGGUUGGUGCCCCAACCCCUGCAAUUGUUCAAGGGUCAGUUGUAUAUAAAUAUAUAUACCACACCAGCCGUGGAUUUCUAGUGUUAUCUGAAACAGUUAUUUUAAUUUCCUGCUUCUACCCUGUCACAUAAGCAGUCCUGAUUUGCUAAAGAUAAAUAUGUGUGUAUCUCCUUAUCCCUAUAAUGUGAUGCAUUUUUAUAUAGCAUAUACCACCACCUGAUAAUAUUUUGUUAAUUUAGUGGUCCUCCUUCAAACGACCCAGGCACUUUAGGAUUUUUCUGUUUUGUUCAGUGCUGUGUCUCCUGUGACUGCAUGUAGUAGGACAGGGUGAAUAUUACCUAAAUAAAUAUGAGAUGAAGGAGCAGGAGGUAAGGGCCUUAAGGGAAGCAUCCUUGCUGAAGACAUAGGGCUUAGUCAAGAGAAGGAGCUCAAAGAUAAAACACUUCAAUAGAAUACUUCAUUUGUUUACUCUCCAUAGUGUGCCCAACAGGGUUCUAGGCCAGACCCUGGUAAUGUUAGGGCAUAAGGGCCUCACUGACAACUAAAUUGUAAGGUAUAUGUUCAGAAAUACACUCAUUGGGCAUUUAGGCUUUGAAGGUAAAUACACGUGCAUACACACAGCUCCUCAGCAGCUUUCUAAUUGGGUAGCAUUGAGCACAUAGUUAAAGUGACUCUUUCCAAGAUUCUUCAACUAUAAACUGGUUGUGUUAGUAUCUCAUUUGCAGAAUUUCUAUGAAUAAUCUUUUUGCAGAGGUAUGGGCAUCUCUUUGCCAAGUCAUUCUCAUAUCUUGGUUGCUCAAAUGGAACAUGUUGUUAGUAAAGAAUGUUACAGUUUGUAUUGGCUUUAAAAUACAUACUUCAUCCACGGCAGUGGAAGAAACUGUUGCAUUUUCGUUAUUUGAAAUUUGUGCAGUAGUGCUACAGAUAUCACUGUGAGAGAUGACACACACUGCUAACUUCACUCCGAGUGUUCUUGUUCUGCUGCUGCUGUACCUCCUGUACAAUUCCUGCAGAAUUGAAUAGGAGAAGUCUUCUCUGCCACCUGUAUGUGGAAUUCAGUCAGUUGAUGCUGUUUCUCAAAAACCAGGUUUUGGGGACCCUGCAGCCCUUGUGGGAGAGGGUCUAGUAGUCAGGGGCUGAGCAGUAAUACAUGUUAGCCUGCCAAGAGGUGCAGAAAUAAAUAUUGGGAGUGGAACCCCCGGAAGUCUGGCAUACAGGUCACACUUUCCUGGAUUUGAGAUGGUGUGUAUAUUCUUACUAUUGAAGGCGUUCUCUGAUUUUUUUAUGUUUUCAUUAUUAUGAUCAAAUUGACAGCUAAAUUUUUUUAGACUACAGUUAACUUGCUUACAAAAUGGAACUCUUAACCUGUUUUUUUUUAUGAUCUACAAGAACCAGAGGACUGUUUUAUAGCUCUAGAGGAGAUAAGAUUGCUCUAACUUCUUUUUUUCUUCCCCCCUCUAUUUUCUUACAAGAUUGAUGUGUGUUUGCUUGGGUGUCUUAGGGCUAUGCAUGUCUGUGUGUGUGUGUGUUUUGAGGGGAGUGAUCACUCCUAACAGAUGUGCUGCAAAAUCCACAGUCUUGAUUAUGGAAAUUGUGGGGAGACCCAGAUUCUCGUGUCUUCUUUCUCCUGCCUCAGCUCUAACUUCUCAAUACUCUGUCUUUCUUCAUUAAGGGAACAUGGAGGAAGAAAGAACAGCUGCUGAGUUACAGAAAAAUAUGACACAGGAACCAGUGGUCUUUGAGGAUGUGGCUGUGGACUUUACCCAGGAGGAGUGGGCUUUGCUAGAUCUCGCUCAGAGAAACCUCUACAGAGAUGUGAUGCUGGAAAACUUCCGGAACCUGGCCUCAUUAGGGUAUCCACUACACACACCCUAUCUGAUCUCCCAGUGGAAACAAGAGGAGGACCUGGAGAUAGCAGAGAGAGGACCCACCCAGGGGGAGCAUCAGGAAGGUUUUGAGACUCAACUUAAAACUAAUGAAUUAGUCGCUCCACAAGAUAUUUAUCGAGAAAAAAUAUCCAGUGAACAGAAUGUAGUAAGAUUCAAAAGGAGUGCUUCCUCGUUGUCCAUUUUACACAGAAGCUGGGAAUACCAUGGUUUUGAUUAUCAGAACAAAAACCAUGAGAGACAUUUGAGAAGUCACAUGGUGGAGAACAUCUAUGAACAUAACGAAGAAAAUCAGUGUAGACAAACCUUCAGCCAUAUCUCAAAUCUUAAUAUACUCAAGAGAACUACUGAAGUAAAAGCCUAUGAAUGCCAGGAGUGUAAAAAGGCCUUCACAGAUCAUUUAUCCCUUAAGAAUCACAUAAGUUCUCACACUGGAAGCAAACCCUAUCAGUGUAAGGAAUGUGGGAAAGCUUUUCAUUUUUUUGCUUGUUUUAAGAAGCAUAUGAAAACUCCCACUGAAGAGAAACCCUAUGAAUGUAAGGAAUGUACCAAAGCCUUCAGUUGUUCUUCAUUCUUUAGGGCACAUAUGAAGAUUCACACUGGAAAGACAAACUACGAAUGCAAGGAAUGUGGGAAAACCUUUAGCUGUUCUUCAUCCCUUACAGAGCACAAAAGAAUUCACAGUGGAGAUAAGCCUUAUGAAUGUAAGGAGUGCGGGAAAGCAUUUAGUUGUUCCUCCUCACUCUCCAAACACAAAAGAAUUCACAGUGGAGAUAAGCCAUAUGAAUGUAAGGAGUGUGGGAAGGCCUUCAGUUCCUCUUCUCACCUUAUAAUACAUAUAAGAAUCCAUACUGGAGAGAAGCCUUAUGAAUGUAAAGAGUGUGGGAAAGCCUUCAGUGAGUCCUCAAAGCUCACCGUACACGUCAGAACACAUACGGGAGAGAAACCCUAUAAAUGUAAGGAAUGCGGGAAAGCCUACAAUUGUCCGUCCUCCUUAAGUAUCCAUAUGAGAAAACACACUGGGGAGAAACCCUAUGAAUGUCUGGAAUGUGGAAAAGCCUUUUAUCUUCCCACUUCCCUGAAUACACAUGUGAAAAAUCAAAGUAGAGAGAAACCCUACGAAUGUAAGGAAUGUGGAAAAGCCUUCAGUUGUCCCUCGUCCUUUAGAGCACAUGUGAGAGAUCACACUGGAAAGGUGCAGUACGAAUGUAAGGAAUGUGGGAAGGCCUUUAGUCGUUCCUCAUCCCUCACCGAACACUUAAGAACUCACAGUGGAGAGAAGCCUUAUGAAUGUAAGGAAUGUGGGAAAGCCUUUAUUAGUUCCUCCCACCUUACGGUACAUAUAAGAACUCACACUGGAGAGAAACCUUAUGAAUGUAAGAAAUGUGGAAAAGCCUUCAUUUACCCCUCAGCCCUUAGGAUCCACAUGAGAACGCACACUGGGGAGAAACCCUAUGAAUGUAAGGACUGUGGGAAAGCCUUUCGCCAUUCUUCAUACCUUACUGUCCACACAAGGAUGCACACUGGAGAGAAACCCUUUGAAUGUCUGGAAUGUGGGAAAGCAUUCAGUUGUCCUUCAUCCUUUCGAAGACACGUAAGAAGCCACACUGGUGAGAAGCCCUAUGAAUGUAAGGAAUGUGGGAAAGCCUUUGUUUGUCCUGCUUACUUUCGAAGACAUUUGAAAACUCACACUAGAGGAAACAUAUAAAGUAAGGAAUAAGGAAAUGUCUGCAAGGCUUUUUCAGAUCUUAGGCAGCACGCAAGAUCUCACACUGUGGAGACACCCUGUGAAUGUAAGAAAUUGUCGCUCAUCUUUUUGAAGACUUGAGAACUCACAACUAAGAGAAACCCUGUGUAUGUAAAUCAUGUGGUAACACCUUCAUGAACAUCACUUACUGUGUUCUAAGAAAAUUCAUACUAGAAGCAAAGAUCGGUGCCUCAUCCUUAAAGUGGACUACUGCUGGCUCAUUGAUUUCCAGUUUUAAUUUUCUGAUGAAUGUUUAAGGUGAUAAAUUUCCUCUAAUACCUUUCAGCUGUAGCUGCAUAUGUUUUAUGAGGUGCUUUUGUUUUGGUUUGGAUGUAAAUGUUAUUUCCAUUACAGAGUUUUUUGGACCCAUUGGGGAGUUGAAGUGUAUUUUUUCGUAUGCAGGCAUACGGUCUUUUUAAAAUUAUUAUUAGUUUCUAAUUAACUCUCAUUGUUCUCUAAGUAUGCAGUCAUUGUGGUAUCAACACUUCGGUAUUUGUAAUUUUUCGUAAAUGGUAAUUUCAUUUUGAUCUAGUAUGGCAGAAACUGGAAAUUGCCUACCCAAUAUUCCCCAACCCCUUUUUUUUUCUACUAAAAGAUUAUCAGUUUUUAUUAUUAAAAGCUUUUCCUGUCUAAUAAGUAAUCCAGUGGAAAUAAGUACAAAGGUUUUGAAAGAAGAGUCUCAUCUGUUAUCAUAUUUUUGUAUUUUGUUCUUUGUCCUUGCUCAUGACUGGGAAUUGGACCCAAUGUUUUGAAUUUUUAUAAAAGAGACCUUGUGACAGGAAAGCUAGAAGUUGGUUGGGCUGGCUUAUGUUGUGUUACUUUGGACAUGGCUGGGACUACAUUUCCCAGAAUUACUUCCUUAUCCAGUUCCAGCUUAGAGUUGUCUAAAAUAAGAGUUUAUGUGAGAAUUGGAAGGCAGAGGGAAGAAGCCAUUAUUCUGAGUUUAGCGGGGCCAUGAGACAGGAAGACAUGCAUAGGUCCUGGUAAGCUCCAGUUUCCAGCUCAUUUUCCUAAUUAUUGGAUCCACUGAUCAGUACUGGCUCAAAACGGAACAUUAAAUGUGUGACUUCAGUUAUCUCAGAGGCAGCAACUCCAUAGACAUUUCCAUAAAUUCCUCUGUCAUGGCCAUACACAGCUUCUUGGAUUUUUUCUGGCAAGUUCUUGCAUUGUAAUUUUGCUGAUAUUACAGUCCCUCUGGCACAUCAACUGACUGUAUAGAGUUGGCCCCAGUUUGGAGCAGGAUUGUUGUCAUCUGCGUAGUCCAGCCCCAUCAUGUCACUCUGCUCAAGGGGAAAAGACACAUCUGUGCAAGUUCCCUGUGAUCUCAAGACAAGAAGAAGAGCUGUGGACAAUGAGGAAGACCAGGUAUAAUUGAAGUAAGCAUCAGACAGGUGUCAUCCCAUUUUAGUGGAGGAAAGUUUAUAUUUAACACCUUCAAACGGGGAAGAGUGUACUCCUUUUUUAUUUGAGAAGAUGAAAGCUAUUUGGUUUAUGCUUCUUCAGGUACAUUUAGCUACACUUUUUCCUUCCAUUUUAUUUCCCAUUUACCUCAAAAAGUAUAGCUGUACCACUUCCCCUUAAUCAUCUUUUACUGCUUUGUUAAGGCAUACAUACACUAAUAUGUAUGAAGUGUGCUAAUCUUAAGUGUACAGCUUGAUGAAAUUUCACAUUGUAUAUACCGUGAUAGACAGAGAACAUUUCCAGGAUUUCAGAAAGGUCAUUCAUCUGCCUUCUCAAUAAUUGCUCCAUAGAGGCAACUGCAAUUUUGGCUUUUAUUAUAAUUUAUUAGGUUUGCUUGUUCUUGAUCUUCAUGUAAAUGUUAAAAUACAGUAUGCACAGUUAUGCAUUUGGCUUCUUUUCUCAACAUAAUGUCUAAUUUGCCUUUUAGUUGCUCUUUUGGCAGACUUAUGAACUUAUUUCUCUUGGUAUAUGCUAUGUAUAUAGGAAUGAAAUUACUGAAUCAUAGGAUAGACUUUAUGUUUAGUUUUGGUAGGUAUUCCAGUUUUCCAGAAAGUUUGAUUCCACUUGUACUCCUAAAAGCAAUGCAUGAAAGUCCCAAUUGUUCCACAUACCUGGUCAGCACUUUCUAAUUUAGCCAUUCAACACAGGAUAUGCUAAUAUCUUGUUUUUGGUUUUAAUUUGCAUUUACCUGAUAUAUAAUAAUGGUGAAUACUUUUUUAUGUGCUUGUUGGCUAUUUGGAUACCUUUUUUUUUUUUUUGGCUGUGCCACACGGCUUGCAGGAUCUCAGUUCCCUGACCAGGGAUUGAACCCAGGCCACGGCAGUGAAAGCUCAGAAUCCUAACCACUAGGCCACCAGAGAACCUCCUGGAUAUCUUCUUUUAUGAGGGUACCUAUUGAAGCAUUUCACUCAUUUUUGGUUCCUUUUUUAUUUGAAGGGUUUCCUGUGGUUACUUUUCCUUUUUUAAUGUAUGUGUAUCUCUGUCUAUAUCUAGUUACAUACAUAUACGUAAAACAUGUUAUAAUACACGUAAAUUAUGUUUAUUAUAUAUAUAUGUGUAUUGCAGAUAACUUUUCCCAGUCUCUGACAUGUCUUCAUGCUUUUCAUUUUUGUAAACUAUAAAGGGAAUUUAUUGGUUUGAUUACUGAAAAAUCCUUGGGUAUAAGUAACUUCAGAGGUGCCUGGGUCCUGGAGCUAAAAAGAUGUUAUCUGGAUGAGUUCUGUUUCCAUGUCUUGUCUGCGCAUCUUUCUGCAUUACCUAUUCUUCCUUGUGGGCUCUUUUUCUUCACAAUGGCCCUCAGAAGAUCCAGGCUGCUUUCUUUCUGGGUUAAGUCUCAGGGAGAAGAGAGUGAUUGUCUUUCUGAACAAUUCCAACAUGAUUAUUACAGUUGAAUCUGAUUGGCUCACUUGCCAACUGUUGUCGAAUCACUGUGGCCAGAGGAAUGUAAUUCUCUGCUUUGUUUAGGACUGGCUCCCAUACUCAUCCAGAAAAAGAGAGUGGAGUCAGUCCUAACUGAAUCAUAGGGUCCUGGCAAUCGUGUUGUAUAUGGUGAAGGGAAGGAGACAGCAGGGGGCAGGUGGGGUGUAGAAAUAGAGGUAAUAAUAACAUCAGCUAGCACAAUAUGCUUAUUCUGGUCUUAGCACUGGGAGGGAACUAUGAAGUCUGGGAACUCUCAGCCAAGGCUAAGUAGUUCUAGAAAUCCUUUCAGAAAGGUUCGAUUCCAUCUGUUACCAUCUCUUUAGAUUGCUAAGAUGGUUUCUCAAUCUUUACUUGGCUUUGCAGUAUUUUUGGAUAUCCGGUAGCAAGAGCCUUCCAACUUUUUUAUUCAUCAGGAUUGUCUUCCUUCUCUAUUCCUGAUUUGAUUCUAUAUUAAUUUUAGAUCUUAUCAAUUUUCACAAAUCUGGGACUUUGCUUGGAAUUGCAUUGACUUUAGAGAAUAACCUGAAUAAAAUUGACAUCUUUACAAUACUGAGUCUUCUAAUUGAUGAACAUAAUAUAAUUAUCCAUUUAUCUAGGUCAUCUUUAAUUCCUCUUAACAGUGUUUUGUAGUUUUAAUUGUAGAGGUCUUGAAGUAACUUUGUUUAAUUUAUUUCUAGGUAUGUGGUAUGUUUUCCUUUGUAAAUAUUUUUAUUUAUUUUUCGAUUUUGGAGGCUAGCACAUAGGAUUGCAAUUUCUUUUUGUACAUUGAUCUUUUAUCCAUGACAUUUAUAAAUUCAAUUAUUUAUUCAAAUAGUUUAUGAAUUAUUUUGUAUUUUCUGUGUAUACAAUCCUGUCAGUGCCAAUAAAAGAAAGUCUUACUUGA